CUCUCUUUCUGAUUGGUCGAAGAGGGUUCGCGCGCUCAAAGGCUCCUCUCGCCCAAUCAAGAGACGCGUUUGCGCUCUGCACCGCUCAAGCGGCCGCGUACUUCUUGGCCGGAUUUCUGGUUUUGUUUUGCAAGGCGGUGCAGAAGUGGGUCGUUUUGUCGGCGAAGUUGUUUUCUUGUAGCGCUCAGCAAGCUUUGUGAAGAUUCUUUCCCCAUCCUGAUCCAAUUCCAGGAAAGGAAACACAUGCAGGCAAUGUCUGAAACCAGAAAAGAAAUGCAGUCUCUGACCACACAUCAAGGAAGCAGAGCCAUGGCCAUUGGGGGUCUCUUUCUGAAAGAGUUCUAUGAGGAAGUGACCUGCCCCAUCUGUCUCAACUUCUUCAAGGAUCCAGUGACUAUUGAUUGUGGGCACAACUUCUGCCAAGCCUGCUUCACCCAAUACUGGGGGAAGUCUGAUGCAGAUUGUUUCUGCCUUCAAUGCAAAGGCACUUUUCAUCCAACGAGAGUGAGACCAGACCACCGCCUGGCAAACCUUGUAGAACUUGUCAAGAAAGUUGAGGAGGAAAAAGGUGUAGCGGGGAAGUGGGGGGGGUGUGUGACACAUGAAGAGCCCCUAAAACUCUUCUGCAAGAAUGAUCAAGCUCUUAUCUGUGUGGUAUGUGACAGAUCCAUAGAGCACCGUGAUCACAGUGUGCUUCCUAUGGAGGAGGCUGCUCAGGAAUAUAAGAUAAAGAUCCAGACCUGUCUUAUAUCUUUAGAGAAAGAGAAAAUAAAAGUUAAAGAACAGAAGGUGGCUGAAGAGGAGGAAAGCCAAAAUUGCCUGGGAGAGUUAGAAGCAGAGAAGCUGAAGCGCAUUGCUGCCUUUCAGCAAAUGCAGAACUUCCUGGAGGAGAAAAAGGAUUUCUGGCUGGGCAAGUUAAAUUAUCUAGAAAAAGAGAUUCAGAAGAGACGAGAAGAAAAUGUCAGCAUACUCUCAGAGGAGAUUUCACGUCUUGGCCUUCUGAUCAUGGAGAUGGAGGAGAAGUGCCAGCAGCCAACAACUGAAUUCCUGCAGGACAUCAGUAUUGCCUUGAGCAGGUAUGAGAAGAACCAAGAGAGGCAACCCGUUGAACUGUAUCCAGGGAUGCUGGAGAUGGUCAGAACUUGCGUUCUGAAAACACCUGCCUUAGAAAAGGCCCUGAGAAAAUGUGAAGAAUUUCUGGAUGAAGCCUGGACUAAAGUUAAUGUGACUCUGGAUCAAAACACAGCAAAUUCUUUCCUCAUCCUGUCAGAAGAUCAGAGGACUGUGAGCUCUAUGGGAACAAAUCAGGGGCUGCCUGACAACCCUGGGAGAUUUGACACCAUGCAGUGUGUGCUGGGUUGUGAGAAAUUCACCUCAGGCAGACAUUGGUGGGAGGUGGAGGCAGAGGGUGGAGGGACAAUGUGGGCUGUGGGGAUUGCUACAGAGUUGGUCAGGAGGAAGGGAAAUGUUACCCUGAAUCCUAAUGAGGGGAUCUGGCUUGUGCAGAGGACAACAAAUGGAACCGCUAUCACAUUUUCAGCUUUGACUGCCCCUCAGCCCACUGUUUUGUACAACUAUGCUCCUUCAAAGAUCAGGGUGUCCCUGGACUAUGAAGAGGGACGUGUGCAGUUUUUUCAUGCUGACACAAAUCAGUUGAUCUUCAACUUCCCUUCGGCCUCAUUCUCUGGACAGGCGAUCCGGCCCUUCUUCUUGAUGUAUCAGGGGAUCACCCUGAAUCUUAAGUAGAAUCUCCUUGAUCAUUCCUGUCCCUUUGAAAGAUGGUGGGGUAGAUCCAACCAUGCAGUUAAGAAAACUUAAACUGCCCUAGAGUUUCUUUAAGAUGAGGUGGCAAAUUUGCUUCCUCCCUCCCAUUUCAGUUCACUUAGUUCCCCCCUCCCCCCCCCAAAAAAAAAAGUUCUAGGAGGAUUAGCAGACUUUUAGGAACAACAUUGUGGGGACUUGCAAUGGGAGUAAGGAAUUAGCAAAAACCACUACCACCACCUUUGGAAAACUUAAAGGCACUUAAGUUUUCUUAAUGUCUUUGGAACCAGGCCAGUGACUCCCAUAAUUUCUCUUGUCUCCAUAAGAACCACACAGGGAUCUUAAGUUGUAAUGGGUUCUAGCAGCAGCGUAUCUGUCUCCUAAUCACAGAAUUCUUCUGUCCACCGGAGUAACAAAGCUGAGAAUAAAUAAAAUCACUGAUUAAAAAAUAUAAUACCUUAUUGGAAGAGCAGCUAAAGGCCACUUUUCAUUUCACUAUUUUGAAAUCUGUAUUCACACACUUUAAGAAGUUAUAGGCUUAAAGCACAUGACAUAGAAUCUGUGUGGUAUGUAGAAUGUAUGCUUGUAGGUAUUAUAUUAUUUAGUACAAGUUAGCCUAAGUUAUUGAAGAAAUAGAAACAUGCCUUUUCAUAGACUCACUCUCUAUAAAAUCUCAGCACCAUGUGACAUACAGACUCCUCAGAUCUGGUUUCAUUGAGAGUGCCUCUCCUGCAUAGGGUUAGAAUUUGGAAUCAAUUCUUAGAUUCAGGUUAGCUAGAACAGGAACAUCUUGUAUUUUCGAUUUCUUACGGUGCUAGUAGUUACAUAUUGCAAUGUGAUUUAUGUAUCUGAUUCUGCUAAGCCAUAUUUUCACAUGUUUGGUUGGACUUCUUUCAAAUAAAGUUUUCAGUUAGA